UUGUUUUUGUGUGCUAUUCGUAGAUACCUUAGUAAAUAUCGAAUAACUUCUGUUACUGUGUUUAAUUUAUGUUAAAAUACCGUUUUUCAGUGAUAUUUGUGUGCUUUUGAUUGUUUUCAACGAUGUCUUCUAUGGAUUCUGACUUCUAGCAGUAAAAUAAAGUGUUUCUGUGCCCUUUCUAGGACGACCAGUGAAGUGACGCGCCAUUGUUGUGCUUAAGCCAAAUACAAGCUAAAAAUAAACUCUAAGCUUUUACAGCAAUUUAUAAACACACCUUCUUUUUCUUAUUUGUGAUGUACCCGCAUCCCACCAGCGCGGAAGAAGAACAGAGGACAAACUUGAUACCGAGUGUGAAGCUUCUUCAUUCAAAAAGGAAAGGGAUAUUUAUACACCCCUCUGCUAUGUACAGAAGUAGUGCACCGUGCUCGAAUAUAUGCGCAACGUUAACAACAAACAAUUUGAGAGGCUAAAUAUUUUCGUUAAAAGUUUGUAAAAAUGAAACUCUUAGAAAGCGGAAACCUUGAGGCGCUGAGCAGUGCCUUGUCCAUCCUGAAUGGAGACAGCGCUGUUCAAGGCCGAAUAGAGAGCUACAGCUGCAAAAUGGCAGGUGGAGAAAAAGCUUUCUACAAGCGCUUCACGGCUGAUGGAGAAACCACUCACAAUCUUCAGGCUUUAUCACCUCCAGAAGGUGUUUUGUAUAGCCGAAGUCUGUCGGGUGAUGAGGAGGGAGUACUCUGUGAUACAAUAUCUCGAAAAACUUUAUUCUAUUUGAUUGCCACACUGAAUGCUGCCUUUCCAGAUUAUGACUUUUCAAUGGCUAAGAGCAGUGAGUUCAGUGCAGAACCAUCUCUGAGUUGGGUGCAAGGUGCUGUGGAUGCAGCGCUGUCUGCUGUGGGAGGGAUGCGUUGGCGACAACUCAGACCAGCUUUAUGGGCUGCCAUUGAUGAGGAGGUACUCCUACCAGAGUGCCGUAUAUACAGCUAUAACCCUGAUUUGGCCAGCGAUCCAUUUGGGGAGCCUGGCUGUCUGUGGACAUUUAAUUAUUUCUUUUACAACAAGAAGCUGAAACGAAUUGUUUUCUUCACAUGUAGAGCAAUGAGCCCUGUUUGUGCUGAUUCUGGAGUUGAUUUCGCUAUGGACGAAGAUGAGGAGUAUAACUAAAGAUUUUUAUUCAUUUUUCUUUAUUCGGAUUAUAAUUUAAUUCAUAUUUUCUUGUAAUGCUAAUAAUAGAUUUUAGAUACAACUCAUAACUCAAGAAAAUAAAUUAACAAAAAACUAAAAAAAAAAGUCUAAGAUAGAAGAUCAAUUAAAAAAUGAUUAAGAUGUUAUUGGAAGAAGUGAAGGUCAGUUUAGAUUAUAUUUGUUUUAUAUCUGCUGACCCACAUGAAAUUACAAUUAUUUGUUAUGGAGUUUGUGUAGGUUCUAAUUAUAAUAAGCACUUGUGUUAUUGUUUUUGUAAUAGAUAUAAGAAAACCAUAAUUGAACUGUUCUCACUUAACUCACAUAAUUAUUAUUAAGAUAAUACACACUACACUCAGAAUUCAACUAAAUAUCUGUAUGAGUAAUAUUAUUUUCAAUAUAAUAUUGUAUUAAAAAUAUGAAAAUGCAAAAGAAUUAAUUUGCAGAAGAAUUUAUUAAUGUGAUAAAUAAUGUUUCCUCUUUAUUUUCUUUUGACUGACCUAAAAUAAAAAAUCC